AUGCCGUCGACCUUAGCAAUUGGAGAGGAACAAGAAGAGAAGUUCCAACACCGAUGGACAUUUAGGAGGAAGGAUGACAACGAGCUUGAUACCUCAAGCAAUGAGUCGAGCUCAAGUGAUGAUGAGCCAUCUCUAAAGCAGCCUAAACGGGCUUCAACUCUAGGUCCUGCUAAUGAUAACAAUGACCAGGAUGAUGAUGGUGAAGCUAAUGAUGUCAACGAGAUCCAGAAAAAGGGCAGCAGGAGGAGAGCUACUAGUAGUAUUAAAACGAAAGAUGAUGCGGCUAAGAACAAAAGGAAGAUGAGAGCGGUGCCUGCUAAAAGGGGCAACCAGCAGAGGAAGAAGAGUAAUGAUAAUGGUAAUGGUAAUGCUGCUACUGAGCAAGUUUUGCUGAAUGAGCUGAAGAAUUAUAUGAGCUCAUUGUUGGACGAUAUGAAGGCGACAAGAGGCAACCUGCUGACAUGGUUGAAGGAAGAACUGCAGAAAGUAAUUGCUGAGGAGGUUGCUUUGGAGCUCGAUAGGAGGCAAAGCAAGAGCUCUCAGUUACCACAGCAAAACGGUUCUCUCGAGGCAAGCACUCAAUCACAGUACCAGACCCUUCUGCUGAGCAAGCAGUUUCAGCACCAAACUGAUUUUCAGCCUCAGCAGCAGAAGCACCUGCCAAGUUCCGAGGAUAACACUAGAAUGCAGAAUCAAAGGACUCUGCAGGCGAACAUUCAACAGCAACAGCAGAAUCAUUUCUGGCCUUUUAAAAUAGAUCAGAGCUGUGGAGUUGUAACACCACAAAGAUCAGAUAAGAACAAGAGGCCUUCUGAUGCUUACAACUACUGCAACUUGCCAGCCGAGAAUCCAAAUGAUUACAGCAUGGCAAUUGUGCCAGUGAGCUCAACUGAAGAGGAAGGCAGAGAAGAAGGUUUUGGAUUAUUUGCCAAACCAGAUUCUAUCCCAGAGAAGCAGCCAAAGAUUGUAUUGGGGAUAAGUGCUAACCAUUCAGCUGGUGAAGCCUCAAGGAGGUCUAGAAAGGGGAAAAGGGUUGCUGAAGACAAACAAGUUAACUGCAGCCAAGCCAUUCUUUCACUGCCAUCCAGUGUGAAGGACAAAGCUGGAAGGUUGGAAUUUGAACCGCUAAGUUUUACUUACAAUAAUCCAUCUGGACAAGCAACUUCUUCGACGUACUUAACUUUGCCUUCAGUCAAUAACAAAUCCCAUGAUGCAAGUGAAAACCGUUGGCUUGACGCUGCACUUUCAUUCAACAGCAAUGUUCAAACUAGGGUUCAAGGAAGCUACCUUGGAUACUUCCAGAGGUUGCUUCAGCCAGAAGAAAGCAGCAGCACCAGAAGUUUCACACCAUUGGGUUCGAGGGACCUGAGCUACUUUAGAGACAACUGCAUGUCAUCUCCAGGUGUUGGAAGUGGGUUUCCAGUUGGACUUCAUCAGUCUGUGAAUGGUCACUUAACCAUCCAGAGUCAACUGGGAUUGGGAGGUCUGCCUCGGGAAACCAACCAUGGUGUCGGUUUGAGGAUGGCUGAGGGAGGAAUAAGGUUUUCAGGUGGGAGCUACUCCACCAUGCCAGGGCAGCACAUUCCCAACAACAUCCAUGGGAGAAGCAUGGCAUUUCAAGAUGGUUUCCAGUUCCAAAAGUAG